AUGUGGUUCGUGGAUUCAUUAGUUUCGCUUCUCGCCACUUGCGGCAGCGACACCGUCAAGCUCUUCGACGUCACGGUGGAUGCCGGUGAUCCCUGCACCCUCAGCUACACGCCUUCCCCCGGAUCUCAAAUCAACUCCGUCAAGUGGAACCACACCAACCUAGUGGUUGCUAGUGCUGGUGACGAUAAAAAGAUAUCACUUUGGAACAAAAAUGGCCAAAGUAUGGGAUCCUUUCCUUCUCACGGCAGUGACCUUGCUGAUGACAUUGAGGAAUCGAAGACCCAGCUUCUCAUUUGGUGUCAUGCUAAAAAUAUUCAUUCUUGCUAUGUUGGGUAUAACAAUUCAGCAAAAUGUAUACUACGUUGGACUCCAUCUCAUUUCUCCAACUGUUGCCAGUGCCUUGGGCAAUGUCAUUCCUGCUUUUACUUUCUUAUUGGCAAUUGUACUGAGGAUGGAAAAGCUCAACUUGAAGACUGUAAGAGGGAGGGCCAAGCUUGCAGGGGCCAUCUUCUGCAUCGCUGGCGCCCUCAUCUUCACAUUUUGGAAAGUCCUGAGAAAGGCGAUGCCUGGCUUAAAGGCUUUGCUCUUAUGCUAUUCGGCUAUUUUGCAUGCAGUGUAUCGCUUGUUCUUCAGGCAUCCAUCUGUGAGAUCUACCCAGCCAAACUCACCAUGAAUGCCGUGAUGUGCUUCUUCGCAGCACUGCAAUCUUCUGCACUUUCCCUCAUCUUUGAAAGGAAUGCCUCGUCAUGGAGAAUGUUUCCGCUAUUUACUCAUCUUAUUUUGUGCAUUGUAUUUGUUUGGCUCCUCAUUACUCUACUGUUUGAAGUUGCCAACCUCCUGUUAAAUCUGCCUUCUUUGGACAAUGAUCUGUUACAAUGA